CCAAAAUAAAACGUGACGUCACAGACUAGUCGCCAUUUUCCUCGUACUUGGAAGUUUGUUGAACGUUUGUUGUAUAUUUUCCACUAAAAUAAAGGUUUGCAACCUGUAUCUUACCGGUUGAUACAGGAAAACCUUUUAUUUACCUUAUACUGCGACUGUUGACAAAUCAGUGAAGAUGACCAUUCUACCGAAAAAGAAACCAGGAACGUCGAAAACAGAGUGUGAAUCAACUGAACACCAGGGCGGACAUGCAUCUCAUUCACACCAACACCAUCAGGCUACCACGGACGCCCGACACGAAAAGGCGACCCGCUCCCGAAACUCCCCGACCCGCUGGGUUCCGUCGACGACAAGGGACGAGAAAUUGGCCAGUCAUGAUCCGGGGGGAGCCUUUGAAGGUCAUGAGGGAGUGAAUAAUAAACGACGCCAUCGUUCCUCCCCCCAUAGGACGCACGCACGGAAACAUCGGAUGCACGCCUCAGCCACGGUGACGUCACGGGACUACCAGUCGUCUGCUGAGUACGAGGAGACCGGAUAUAACAGCGGGGACGAGUACGUCCCUCCCCAGCACCCAGACAACAUCGAGGAGCUGGAAGCCUGGUUCGAGAAGACCCUGAAGGAGAAGAAAGGAUGGAUUAUAAAGAAGAUGGGAGAAGAUGGGGCGUGUCUGUUUAGAGCUGUGGCUGACCAAGUAUAUGGUGACCAAGAAAUGCACACAGUUGUCAGAAAGAAUUGUGUGGACUACAUGCUGAAAAACUGUGACUACUAUUCCCAGUAUGUUACGGAGGAUUUUACCACGUACAUCAAUCGUAAAAAGAUGGACAAUUGCCAUGGAAACCAUGUAGAGAUGCAGGCAAUGAGCGAGAUGUUUAAUCGUCAGAUAGAAGUUUACCAAUAUAGUAUAGAUCCAAUUAAUACAUUCAAUUGUCCAUAUAAGACUGAAAAUGAACCCAUUAGAAUCAGUUACCAUGGAAAUGUCCAUUACAAUUCAGUGGUGGAUCCAUUUAAGGCAACCAUUGGUGUGGGACUUGGACUGCCCGGCCUUCAACCAGGGCUGGCAGACAAGAGUCAGAUGAGAGAUGCUGUCAGACAGUCAGAGGACGUCCAUAUUGAGCAGACGAUGCUGGAGGAUAAACUGAGAGAGACGGACUGGGAGGUCACCCAGGAGACGAUAGAGGAACAAGUCGCCCGCGAGUCGUAUCUACAGUGGCUCCGAGAUAACGAAAACCAGGUCCGCAGAAAAAGCUCGCCUCGGUCAGCCAGUGCCACCUGUAGUUCAUCAAAGGACAAAGAUUUAGGGUCCCCUGAACUUCUGCAGCAGGGGAGGUCUCCAAGGAACAGGAGUAACCCUGGGUCAGGAGGGAACAGCCCCCAGAGACUGGAACCGGUCAGGAGCGGUCCCAGCAGUCCCCAGCAGACCGAGGCAGCACAGCAUUCACCGCUACCCACUUGUUCUGGAUACAACCCCUCUAACAUGGCUAAUGAUGCCUUUAGCGGCAGCCUUGGGGCCACAGGAGGGGUCCAGGAUCUAACUACAACCAACUUUGUAGAAACCUCUUCCUUAAUGAACUGCUACAAUUCCGAUAUGUAUGGUCUUUCAGAUUGGAUAGAUGAGGAUGACAUAAUGGCUCAGGUGAUCGCUCAGUCCCAGAAAGAGUACCUGGACAGCCUGAAGAAGUCUGCCUCCUCACCCCCCUCCCCCGCCCCCCACAGCUAACACAGGGCCGACCUAAUUAUUUUAAUUCUACACAUUCAUCAUAGAGGCUCCUUUACAUGUAUUGCUUCUAGAGACAUUUGAAUCACUUGUAAUUUACCUGGUCCCAAUCCUAAAUCAUUUGACUUUGCAAUUUUUAAUUCAGUAAGUAAUUGGAUUAUAUUGACAUUUUAUGAUAGGGUUUACUUUUGAUUACUGUGAACAGGGAAAUUUUUGCCCCCGUUUUAUUUUCGCCCCUUUUGCCCUAUCCUCAUUUUGGUGAAUUUAAAACGGGGCUACUUAAAAGAAUACAGUUUAAUUUCUUAAACAAAACAAUGACUGGACCAAUUUAAAACGGGGUAAAAUUGUUUGAACUGUGAAAGGGCGAAAAUAACACAGGGCGAAAAUAACCCUGUAUACAGUAUUUUUUUUACUGUAAUUCAAUCAUUGAGACUGCAAGUCAGUGUUUUGUGAUAUAACGCAAAUUAAUGUCACAGAAACUGUGUGUAUCAUGUAUCAUAACUAUUAUGAGCUGAUUUAUUUUAUUAAUAUUGUAAACGUGUAAAUAUCUAGUAAGCCAUUACUUUGAAACCCUUUUUAUAAUUUGUCAUUUUGAAAUAUAAUUUGUUAUUGUUGAAUUCUUCUGCUCCUCGGCUUACAUUGAUCCUUUACUGAAUGUUAGAUUAGAUAGAGAUUCUCAAGCAGAUAAUUUCCAGUUUUAGGUAUUCAAUAUUUGCAAUUAUUAAAAAAGGGUUGGCUCGUUAAACUGCUCCUAAAGUGAAUUUAUAAUUUCAAAAUUAUUUGUUUUAAUUUUAAUACUGCAAGAAAAGCCAAUGAAGGAAUUAGUUAAUAUAAUAACCUUUUGCAAUUUUAAGUGAUCUGCACACACAGCUGUAAAUGAGCAAUUACACCAAAUCAUUGAAAUGAAUGUUAUCAAGACUAAAAGAAUUUAGUUGAGAUAAGAUUUAUUAUUUCCAUUUAAGAUGCUUGCAUUAGACUUCGAUCAUAUAUCAUAAUUUAACAUCUUUGCAGUAUUCAAAUUACAUGUAUCCUGUACAUGCUUAGUUGUCACUCGUAAAUCUUGAUAAUUAGUGAAUUAUACCUUAAGUAACUGAUGUAUAUGCCACAAUUUUACUGGAAAUGUGUUGUGUUAGUGACUUAAGUCUAAGAUUAAUUAUCAAUAAUUAGUAAGAAUCAGGAUUUUCUGCCAUUCAAAAACGUCAGGAUAUUGGGAGGAUGGAUUAUAUUUUUUUUACUUGAGCAAAUUUUGUGAAAGUUUUAGAAGACUGCGAGAUUGAGUGAAGGUGUGUGUAUGUGAGAUAGGGUACAGAGUGUGUUGUUUGUUUUUAAUAAUAAUUUCCCUCACCCCCGGAUUAACAUGAAUGUUCAGAAGUAGUGUAUGUUUUAUUCCCCUUCAUAGUUAUUAUGAAUCUUUAUUUUUUGUCAUUAUUUUGUUGAAAGAGUGCUAUAUUUUAUUUUGUUUCUACAAAGGCAUUGUAUCUGAAUGGUUCUGAAUGUUUAUGUAAUUCUAAGAACAUUGUAUGUCUUUUUUUUAAUACUUACU